UUUACUUAUUUCUAUACCUUUCUCUUCAUCUUCUUCUUCCUAUACAGAAAGAAUAUUUGAAAUGGAGUUACAGGUUAAUGUUCCAAGAUGGACACCUAGUCCAAACAGAUCACCACAUAGACGCCAAGAAUCUGAGACAGAUAAUGAAAGUGUUACUUAUUCUCAAGAUGAUAUUCCUUUUAACAACAAAAACCCAACCAAAAAUUUCCCAUUUAGUAAUAGUCCACCACCUCAUAUUGCUGCUAUUGAAGCACCAUCUCUUAGGGUUGAUUCUGAAAUAAAAAGGUCCUUAGAAAUGGUACACUAUGAAACACCACCAAUAAUACUUAGGGAAGAGAUUAAGGGAAAUAAUAAUACUACUGGUUUUGCAUAUGAGGAAGUUGUACUCCCUUUUAAUAAUGAAGGAAUUUACUUGACAUGGAAAGAUUUGUGGGUGACAGUGCCAGACAAGAAAACAGGGAGGAGAGCAAUAUUACAAGGGCUAACUGGUUAUGUACAACCUGGUCAAGUUUUGGCCAUUAUGGGUCCUUCUGGUUGUGGCAAAUCCACUCUUCUUGAUACUUUAGCAGGGAGAUUGGAUUCGAACACGAGACAAACUGGAGAAAUCCUCAUCAAUGGUCGGAGGCAAGCUCUUGCUUUUGGCACUUCGGCUUAUGUGACACAAGAUGAUACAUUGAUGACAACACUGACAGUGAANUGA